AUGAACAUGAAGAAACUUAGGUUGCUUCAACUUUCUAGUGUAGAACUUGUUGGAGAUUUUGAAUAUUUUUCCAAAGAUCUUAGAUGGCUUUGUUGGCAUGGAUUUCCGUUUGCCUUCAUACCACCAAGCUUUUAUCAAGGAAGUCUAGUUUCUAUGGAGUUAGAAAACAGUAAGAUUACAAUGGUGUGGAAAGAGACCCAG